CGACCGGGGAGCGGAGACCUGUGCUUCCCCGUGUAAAUUUUUUGUCGUGAGGUGUCUGUGCUCUGGUGUUCCGAACUCGCCAUGUUCUUGUGGUGUACACGAUGCUAAAUUAUGUCUCCUUAUAAAUUUACGAAUUUAUAGUGUGAAGUGAGACGAAAAAAUAAUAGAGAAAUAUAGAAAUUGCGGAGGAGUAAGAGUGAAAUUUUACGUGUCGGAGGAGAGAGGCGAGUGAACUCUAGAAGAAUGCCGCCCCCCACCCAUAUGAACGUGCCCAUGAUGGAGGGGAGCGACGUCGAGCUGUCCGACGACGAGAACAUGCCCCUCAAUCAGGACAUCUACGGAGGGAGCCGCCGUUCGGUGCAAGAGACCAAAGCCUGGGACGUGUUCCGCACGACGCCCCCGUCUAACAGUUCCCUUUCCGAAGAUGGUCAGAAGUUCCUCGAGUUCACAGUGAAAUGCCUCAAGGUGUUCACCUACCUGCUCACAUUCGGAGUGGUGUUGACAUCCGGUGUGAUCACGAAGGCGCUGGUGUUGCUCAUGACGUCACAGUUGAAAAGUGCGAAGAAACUCCCGAUUUGCUCCAAGAGUGACCACCAAUUCAGUUCGGAGAAGGACUACGUGGCAACCAUCCCCGAGGAGGAGAACGUCGUGUGGGCGUGGAUGCUCCUCCUGUGCUUCAUCGUCCCCGAGUCUGGCACUCUCUUCCGGUCCGUCAGGAUGUGCGUCUUCAAGUCCCACAAGCGCCCCUUCUUCGGCGACUUCUUCUGGGUGUUCGUGUUCGAGAGCCUCCACACCGUCGGCACGGCGCUCCUCGUCUACCUGGUGCUGCCCGACCUCGACGUCAUCAAGGGCGCCAUGUUGACCAACUGCGUCGCCUUUGUCCCUGGCGUGUUCGGCCUCCUUUCGCGUAACAAGAAGGAGUCGAUGGUGGCCGUGAAGGUGCUGAUGGACCUGCUCGCCCUCGCCUGCCAGCUCACGGGCUUCGUGGUCUGGCCGAUCGUCGAGUACGGCAAGGACCCCAACUCGUGGCGCGUCUGGCUCAUCCCCGUCGCCAUCUUCCUCACGUCCUUCGGCUGGUGGGAGAACUACGUCGACCGCCAUUCCAAGUUCUCCCUGAUCAAGUAUUACGGAGGAAUCAAGGAGCGCCUCCUGAAGACCCGCUACUUCUGCUACAUGUUCGUGUCCGUCAUCAAGAUGCUGCUGUUCUUCGGCAUCAUGAUCCUCUCGAUGAGCACCAGACUUCGGGAAGUCAGCACGCUCUUCGAGAUCGGAAAGGCCUUCGGCGUCCACGUCAUCAACGUGACUGAAAUCCGCGAGACGCUCCCCGGCGACACGAUCCCUGACUUCCCGACGGUGGCGCCCCUGCAGGAGACCUUCACCAUCAAUUCCUCGGAGUACACGCCCAUCUACGUGUUCCUCGUUCAGGUCCUCUGCGCGUGGCUGUGUUACAUUUUCGGCAAGUUCGCGUGCAAGAUCUGCAUCCAGGGCUUCAGCUUCGCCUUCCCCGUGAACCUGACGAUCCCGGUGUCCAUCUCCCUCCUCAUCACCAUGUGCGGCCUUCGCUUCGACACCGCCUGCUCCUUCCAGUUCAUGCCGUCCUACCUCUUCUGGGAGUGCAAGAACGGCGACAUCCUGCAAGACUUCCUGAAUAAUGAUUACGCCUGGGUGUGGUUGCUGUGGCUCCUGUCCCAGACGUGGAUCACCCUGCACAUCUGGACCCCGAAGUGCGAGCGUCUGGCAUCCACGGAAAAGCUGUUCGUGUCGCCGAUGUACAACUCGCUCCUGAUCGACCAGUCGCUGGCCAUGAACCGGCGCAGGGACGACGAGGGCGAGGUCAAGACGGAGGAGCUCAACCUCAACCCGGACGAACACGACAACGAGCAAUCGCAGUACUACGAGACCAUCUCUAUCCACACCGACUCAUCCAACACGAACGUCUCCAAGACUAAAUCAUCCGACCACAUCACCCGCAUCUACGCCACGGCCACUAUGUGGCACGAGACUGAGGAGGAGAUCAUGGAGAUGUUGAAGUCGAUCCUUCGAAUGGACGAGGACCAGUCGGCCCGACGCGUUGCCCAGAAAUACCUCAAGAUUGUCGAUCUUGACUACUACGAGUUCGAGACCCACAUCUUCUUCGACGACGCCUUCGAGAUCGCCGACGAGAACGAAGACGAGAACGUAGUCAACCAGUUCGUCCGGCUGCUGGUCAACCUGAUGGACGACGCCGCCACCCACGUCCACCAGACCAACAUCAGGAUCAGGCCGCCCAAGAAGUACCCGGCGCCCUACGGAGGACGCCUCGUGUGGACGCUGCCCGGCAAGACCAAGAUCGUGGCUCAUCUCAAGGACAAGAGCAAGAUCCGACACAAGAAGAGGUGGUCGCAGGUGAUGUACAUGUACUACCUGCUGGGCUUCAAGCUCAUGGACCAGCCCAUCUCCGUCGACCGCAAAGAAGUGAUCGCCGAAAGGACGUUCCUGCUCACCCUGGACGGCGACAUCGAUUUCGCUCCGCCCGCCGUGGCCUUGCUUGUGGAUCUUAUGAAGAAAAACUCCAACCUGGGCGCUGCCUGCGGGCGUAUCCAUCCUGUAGGCUCUGGAUUGAUGAUGUGGUAUCAGAUGUUCGAAUACGCUAUUGGCCAUUGGCUGCAGAAAGCAACAGAGCAUAUGAUCGGCUGUGUAUUGUGUAGCCCUGGAUGCUUCUCGCUCUUCAGAGGAAAAGCUCUCAUGGACGACAAUGUUAUGGCAAAAUACACCACGAAGUCCAGCCAGGCCCGUCACUACGUACAGUACGAUCAGGGCGAAGAUCGAUGGUUAUGCACGCUCCUUCUGCAGCGAGGCUACCGCGUCGAGUAUUCGGCCGCCUCCGACGCCUACACUCACGUCCCUGAAGGCUUCAGCGAGUUCUACAACCAGCGCCGUCGGUGGGUGCCCUCGACCAUGGCCAACAUCAUGGAUCUGCUCCAGGACUCCAGGAAGACGAUCGAAGUCAACGACAACAUUUCCCUUCCGUAUAUUUCCUACCAGACUAUGUUGAUGGCCGGUACCAUCCUUGGCCCAGGAACCAUCUUCCUUAUGUUGGUGGGUGCCUUCGUGGCUGCCUUCCGAGUGAGUAACUGGCUUUCCUUCCAAUACAACAUCUACCCCAUUGUGUUCUUCAUGUUGGCUUGCUUCCUCCUCAAGUCUAACCAUCAGAUCAGCAUCGCCUACGUUCUGACGGCCGUCUACGCCCUGGUGAUGAUCGUGGUGCUGGUGGGCAUGAUGCUGAACUUCGCUCAGGAAGGUUGGCUCACCCCGUCCGCCAUCUUCUUUAUGGCCACCGCCGGCUCCUUCAUCAUCACCGGUAUAUUACACCCGAAGGAGUUCAUGUGCCUCCCGUGCGGACUCGUCUAUUACAUGGUCGUGCCGUCGAUGUACCUGCUCCUCCAGAUCUACUCGUGCUUCAACCUGAAUAACGUUUCCUGGGGGACGAGGGAGGUGGCGCAGAAGCAGAAGAAAAAGACCAGAGAGGAACUCGAAGCGGAGAGAAAGGCCGCGGAGGAAGCCAAGAAAAUGAAGAAGAAGGAGGGCUUCCUCGGCUUCCUGUACAGGAACGAACAGCCGGACGAGGACGAAGGUUCCAUCGAGUUCUCGCUUGCGGGUCUCUUCAAGGUCAUGUGCUGCGUCCACCCGAAGCCCAACGACGAGCGGCAGCAGCUGGCCAGUAUCGCCAACUCCCUCGAUAUCCUCAAGAGGCGCUUCGAGUCCAUUGAAUCACACAUGGGAAUCGCCCCGAGUGCCCGCAGGCGUUCAACCAUGCAGCAGCGAGUCUCCCUCAGGUCGGACGGGGUCACAGUCAUCAACGAAAACUUGGAAGACGACGAGAGCGAGAGCGAGAGCGGGGAUUCAGGACCCAAGGAAGAGCGAGACGACCUUGUGAACCCCUACUGGAUGGAAGACAAGUCCCUGAAGCGAGGUGAGGUGGACUACAUGCCUGGAGUCGAAGUGCAGUUCUGGAAGGACCUGAUUGAGAAGUACCUCCACCCCCUCACGAAGAACUCGGCAGAGCAGAAAAAAGUGGAAGGUGAAUUAAAGGAACUUCGGAAUAAGGCAGUCUUCUCAUUCAGCAUGAUGAAUGCCAUCUUUGUUCUCAUUGUCUUCCUGCUCCAACUGAACAAAGAUACUAUCCACAUCGACUGGCCUCUUGGCGUGAAGACAAACAUUACCUUCAACGAGCAGACAAGCGAGGUGACCAUCACGCAAGAGUACCUGCAGUUGGAACCCAUCGGUUUGGUGUUCGUGUUCUUCUUCGCCCUCAUUCUGAUUAUCCAGUUCGUGGCCAUGUUGUUCCAUCGCUUCGGCACCAUCUCGCAUAUCCUGGCCUCGACGGAGCUCACUUGCUGCAACAAGAAGGCCGAAGACACCACCGAGGAUGCCUUCAUCCAGAGGAACGCUGUAGACAUCGUCAGACAACUGCAGAAGCUGAAGGGCAUCGACGGCGACUAUGAGAACGAGAGCAUGAACGACGGGCAGCUCGGCAGGAGGAGAACCAUCCACAACCUCGAACGCCACAGGCAGAAGAAGCAGGCCAUCGGCACGCUCGACGUGGCCUUCAAGAAGAGGUUCUUCAGCAUCUCAGCGCAGGCUGCGGAAAACGGAAACGACACCGAAACGCCUGUGCUGGGUGACAUCCGCCGACUGAGCAUGCGCCGCGAGACCAUCAAGGCCUUGGCUGAGCGCAGCGAGACCGUAGUGCAGGAGAGGCGGCAGUCGAAGGCGAUGCAGACGCUCGGGGCCAAGAAGCCUCGAACAAGGAUGUCCAUCGCCUCUGAGGUUGACAACCAGAGAGUGUUCGGAGGCAGCGUGAACGAGGCGUACGAGGCCGAGAGCGACCACUACGGCGUGGGGUCUGUCAGGAGCGGCCGCUUCAGGGUAGCGGAGGAAAAUGUGAACUUACAACCCAUGAACAGCAUAUACAGCUCCUAAAACUUAUAUAGUAUUCUAGAUUUUUUUUCUACUGCUCACGGGCUCUGGACACUGUUGCCAACAAUGGAACAUUUUUUUUUUUUUUUUAUUAUUUACUUUUAUUAUUUUUAUUUUAUAUGAAAAGGGUCACAGACAGCUGUGUCCAUUAUCUAUACUCUUCUUUAAAGUGUCCUAGCUAAGGAUGUUUUAAUUCUAUUAAGAACAUAUUAGGUGUAACAAAUUAUAACCAUUUAUAUAGAACUGAUGAUUCACAUGCUCAUGCAAUGUUAAUUUUGAUUAAAUACUCUUUACUGCUGUCAUACGAGCUCAAACCAUGACAGACAAUAGCAUAUUCUCUUGAAGGCAUUGCUAGUAUUCUGUCACAAUCGUCAUAUAAAUAGGUAUCGUACUUUUUAAUCUAUAUGCCAUUGGAUCGUUAACCAUAGUUGUUGAUCCUUUGCAAAAUUAUAUGGGUCUGUGAUUACGACAUAUGUGCCUUAUGUGCAAUGCUUAAGUAAAUCAAUUUGGGCGUGUAGGAAAUGUGAAUGCUACAUAUUUUGAUAAAUGUUUUUCCGUUUUUACUAUAAGUAAAUUUCAGAUUUUAUGAUGAAUUAUUAAGAGAUGGAGUCUAAUUUAGUGAGGUUCCACUGUGAUGAUUUUAAGUCAUUAUUUCCCGUAUAUUUUCCGCUUUGAAUUGUUAUACAAAAAAAUAUGGAGAAAAAAUAAAAAUUAUGAGUGAAGAGUCUCCCCCGUAAGACUCUGCUUGCAUUCCCUUGUAUGUGAAUUACCUGCUUUCUGUUACAGUCUUCUUUAUUUUGCUCUAUUAUCUGUGAUUUUGCUUCUUUAGUAUUACAUGGUGUUCAUCUUCUAGGCUAUGUAACUGCCUCUUUUACAAAAUCAUCCUCUCGGAUUCUGCCUGGGGCCGCGGCCGCCUGGCACACUGAUGUAAAUGUAAUGAUGUAUCAUACUGUAUAAACAAUAAAUAUUUACUGUUUA